AUGGUCCGAAAUUAUAUUAAGAAAAAAGAAAAGAGCUAUUCAAAAGAAAAGCUUCUCGAGGCACUCGAGUUAGUUAAAAACAAAACGUUAAAUAGCUACGAGGCAGCAAAAAACUUUAAUAUUCCGAGAUCUACUAUAAUUUCGCAUUUAUAUGGCACACGUGGCCAGAAGCAGGUGAAUGCUGGAAUGAAGACAGUAUUUUCAAUUGAUAUUGAGUACAAGAUAGCUUCGUAUCUGCAUACUUUAGAAAAGUAUGGCUUUCCUCUAACUAAAAAGGAAGUUAAAACAUUGGUUUCGGAAUACGUUGUAAGAAAUGGGUGGAUAACUCCAUUUAAGGAUAAUAUUCCUGGAGAUGAUUGGUUUCAGCGCUUUUGCAAAAGAAAUAAUCUAUCAUUAAAAAAACCACAGUCAGUCGAAAUAGCUAGAAGGAAAGCUUGCAACCCGUUCACCGUAUAUGAAUACUUUGAUUUAUUGGAAAAUGCCAUAAAUGAUUUGGAUCUGGCCGAGAAACCUGAGUGCAUCUAUAAUCUAGAUGAAACCAGUUUUUGCAACGAUCCUUCCAAGAGUAAAGUGCUUGGCCAAAGAGGGUAUAGUUCUACUAGGACAACUAGCUCCCCCGGCCGUAAUAACACAACUGUCCUAUUGGCAACUAAUGCACGCGGCGAUAAAGUCCCACCACUCAUAAUUUUUCAAGGAAAAUACUUGUGGAACGAGUGGUGUUACAAAAAUGAUAGUGUGAAAACAGCAUACGCUGUAAGCCAAAAGGGCUGGAUGGAAACAUCAAUUUUCGAAAAAUAUUUUAAAAAUGUAUUUUUACCUGCGAUCGGAAAUGAGCGACCAGUUCUGCUAAUUUAUGAUGACCACUCCACACAUGUCGAUUUAAAAGUAAUCGAACUCGCCAUUUCCGAAAAUGUUACCAUUUUGAAGUUACCCCCCGCAUUCGUCACAUAUCCUUCAACCGCUAGAUCCAAUGGAUUUAAUAAAACAGGUAUUUAUCCCUUAAAUCGGCACGUGAUCCCAAAAGAAAAGUUUGAUCCCUUAACUUGGUCUAGAUGGGAGCAGUAUGUUCAAAGUCAAACAUGCGAGCAAGACAACUACGUCGAAGAUGUUAGUGAAGCCAUUCGAGCACCAUUUGAAAAAUUGGUCGACAUACCUCUUAAAAACGUUCCAACUCUCGUUAGAUUGGCACUUAAAACUUUAAACUCUCAACCAGACCAUAAAAGCCUUACAUAUUGUAAAGAUUCAAAACAAACGGAAAACAAGAUUCAAAAUAAAGAGAACAUGAUAAGUUACGAAAGACAACAACAGAAUAAUUCAAUACAAUAUCAUGAACAGAAUAAUAGAACUAAAAAAAAUGAAAUAAAUAAAAUACUAAGAGUUAAAAAAAGAAACAAGUACAGAAAUAAGAACCUAUGA